AUGGCAGAGACCACAGAUAACCUCUCCUUCAUCCUGAACAAACCCUUCGAUGUAACUUUCGCCCAACAACCAAAGCCCGAAUUGACCUCUCCCCACGAUGUUCUCGUCGCCAUAAACUACACUGGUAUCUGCGGUUCAGAUGUCCAUUACUGGGAACAUGGCCGCAUUGGAUCUUUCAUCCUCAAGGAGCCCAUGGUUCUGGGCCACGAAUCCGCCGGAACCAUCACCGCCAUCGGCAGCGAAGUAACCAACCUCAAAGUCGGCGACCGCGUCGCCCUCGAACCUGGCACCCCCUGCCGCCGCUGCACGCCCUGCCUCAGCGGACACUACAACCUCUGCCCCCUCAUGAAAUUUGCCGCCACACCCCCCUUCGGCGGCACCCUCACAGGCUUCUACCUCUCCGCCUCGGACUUCUGCUACAAGCUGCCUGAACACGUCUCCCUCCAAGAAGGCGCCCUCCUCGAACCCCUCGCAGUAGCAGUCCACAUCGUCAAGCAAGCCGAGAUCAAGCCUGGGCAGUCCGUGGUCGUCAUGGGUGCUGGGCCAGUCGGAUUGCUAUGCUGUGCGGUCGCAAAGGCAUUCGGCGCAAGUAUUGUUGUGAGCGUGGAUAUCCAGCCCGCGAGAUUGGAAUUCGCAAAGAAAUACGCAGCGACUCAUACAUUCACUCCAUCGCGCGUUCCAGCCGAGGAAAACGCCGCCGCGCUCCUGAAAUCCAUUGACCUCCCCUCCGGCACCGACGCCGUGAUCGACGCCUCUGGGGCGGAACCAUCUAUCCAAACGUCUAUCCAUACGGUGCGUCGUGGCGGCGUGUAUGUGCAGGGCGGGAUGGGUAAGCCGGACAUUACGUUCCCGAUUGUAGAGUUGUGCGUCAAGGAGGUGACGUGUAAGGGGAGCUUUAGGUACGGGAGUGGGGAUUAUGCGCUGGCGUUGGAGUUUGUGGCGAAGGGGUUGGUGGAUGUGAAGGCGCUGAUUAGUAGGACGGUGGAAUUUAAGGAUGCGGAGCAGGCGUUUAAGGAUGUUAAGGGGGGCCAAGGGAUUAAGGUGCUGAUUAAGGGACCGAAUGAGAAGUAA